AUGAUAGGAGGGGACUUCAAUGUGGUGUUGAAUGAUGAAGAGAAAAUAGGAGGGAUACCUAUUCUUGCUCAAGAUAUUAAAGAUUUUGCUUUUUGUAUCAACUCUUGUGAAUUGGAGGAAAUUCAGUUCAAGGGAAACCCUUUCACUUGGUGGAAUGGAAGAGCCACUAAUGAUUGCAUUUUUGAAAGAUUAGAUAGGAUGCUGCUGAAUGCAGAGUUACAAAACUGGUUUACUCAUUUGGAGGUGGAGCAUUUGGCUAGAACUUGUUCUGACCAUGCUCCAUUAUUAUGUACUUAUGGGGAAGUUACUCAGAAUCAACACAGACCUUUCAAAUUUCUCAAGUUUUGGGUGGAUUAUGAAUCUUUCUUUGGCACAGUUGAAUCUACUUAUGGGGAUAUCUUCAAGCAAUUCAUCAUUAGAGAGGAAAUUGUGAGAAUUAAGGAAAAUUUGUUUGAAGAAUCUCCUAGUAGUGGGAAUAGAAGUUUGCUUCAACAAUCCCAAGCUGAACACAAAAAGUACUUACACUAUGAGGAGGAAUAUUGGAGACAAAAAUAUGGGAUUGACAAGUUUGUGGAGGGUGAUAGAAACACCAAAUUUUUUCAUAAUCUGGUGAAAGGAAGGAGGAAAAGGCUACAAAUUCAGAGGAUUUAA